AUGAGCGAUUGGCCCGGCAACGUUGUAGGCUUUGCCACGGGCAGACGCCCCCCUCGACCACGCGGGGCAGGCUCGCCCCGUCCCCGCCCAUGGCCGUCACUGGCCGGGGCUGCCCGUGCCGUGGGUGCCCGCGGCGAGAACGGCGCAGAGAGGCUUCGUGGGAUGCUGGGCUCCGCUCGGCUCGGCGGGAGCGGCGGGAUGGGCCGGGUGCGGCGGGGCGGCUGCGGGCUGCUCCCUGUCCUGCUGCUGCUGCCGCUGCUCGGCGGGGCGGCGGGGCCGGGCUGCGGGGGCUCCCCCCACCUGCUCCGCUUCUCCGGGCAGGUGCCCGAGAACAGCCCGGCGGGGACCCGGGUGCGGGGCUUGCGGGUACCGCUGCGGAGGCUGCUGGGCCCCGGGGAGCCGGCCGUGGAGUGGGCGCUGGAAGGCGACGGCGCUUCGCGCUUCUCUGUCCAGCGGUGGCCGGGCAGCGGGGGGGGGCUGCUGCUGCUCCUCACGGCCGAGCGCCUGGACCGGGAGGCGCAGCCCGAGUACGGGCUCCGGCUGCGGCGGCGGGCGGGACGUUCCCCCCGGGAGGCGCUGCUGCGGGUCCGGGUCCUGGACCGGAACGACCACCGGCCGCGGCUGCCGCCGGCGCGGCCGCUGGAGGUGGACGAGCUGGCCCCGCUGGGCACGGAGGUGGCCCGGUUCCGCGCCUCGGACGGUGAUGAAGGCGCCAACGCGCGCCUCACCUACCGCCUCUGGCCGCCGGGCGCCGGCAGCCGCCUGCUCUUCGUGGUGCCCCGCAGCGGGCAGGUGCUGACCGUGGGCUCGCUGCUGGGGCUGCGUCGGCUCCGCCUCUGCGUGGCCGCUCUCGAUCACGGGCGGCCGCGGCCGCUGCGCAGCCCCGCGCGGUGCCUGCGCUUGGCCGUGCGCGGGCGGGGGGCGGCGGGGGGCGCGGGGCGGCGGCGGGGGCCGCGCUCGCUGCAGCCGUCGGGACCCGGAACCCGGCGCUACACGGCCCGACUGCCCCGCGGGGCCAAGGUGGGCGACACCGUCUUCACCGUCCCGCGGAGCGGAGACCGGGCGGCCGGCGGCUGGUUCGAGCUGGUCUCUCCCGGCAAUACCCCCGUGGCCGUCGACAGGACGUCGGGGCGGCUCUACCUGCGGCGGGAGCUGAGAGCGGGCGGCCGGGCGGAGGUGCUGGUCAAGGUGCACCGCGGCGGCGAAGCAGGUAGAGAUAAUGACUGGUACCUCUGCCAUGUGACACUCUUUGCCCCAGAAGAUGAACUCCUGUCCUGGGGCAUGUACCCAUACCCCUACCUGGCACGUGUGGAUCCAGAUGCACGAAAGGGCACUCUCAUCUACCAGCUUGUCGCACAUCACAGUAACAAUGAAAAUGCCAGUGCUGGGAUAACUUACACACUCAUUGCAGGUGGUGAAGAACGAUUCCAAGUGGAUAAGGAUACUGGCAUCAUCAUGACGACUGGCUUGCCUUUGACAUGGAACAAGGAGUAUGUGGUUACUGUGGAAGCCACAGAUGAGUACGGCAACAAAAGCCCCUACGCCUCCAUUUCUAUCCUGGCAGGCUCCCGACCUCCGCAGUUCACUAACAUGUCCUACAGUGUGUUCGUGCCUGAAAAUACUCCAGCAGGAGAAAAAGUAGCAGUUGUUGAGGCUGUUUCUUUCCAGAGCCAGCCUCUUUCAUACACUCUGCUGACAAAUCCCUCUGGGCUCUUCAGGGUGAGGCAAGAGAGCGGAGAGCUCAGCCUGACCCACCCUGUGGACUACGAAAGUGAACACCAUCUCUAUCAUCUCUUGCUGAAAGCCAUGGAAGUUGAGAGCACUCUCAGCAGUGUGACUGAGGUCAUGGUCCAUAUCACCGACGAAAAUGACUGUUCUCCUGAAUUCCAGCGCUCCAUUUACAGCAGAGACAAUGUUCCCGAAACCAUUCCUGUUGGCACAUCUCUACUGCAAGUACUUGCAACAGACUGUGACUCUGGCUCCAACUCUGAGAUCACUUACUUCAUCCAGAGCACUGAUUUUUCCAUCACGCAUCACGGGGUCAUCAAUUCUAACCAGAGGCUGAACUUUGAGCGAGCAAAUCAUUUGUAUGAGUUUGUGGUGAUAGCUGUUGAUAAAGGACACCCUCCUCGGACAGGGACGGCGUCUGUGCGGAUUCGAAUGGCCAACGUGAAUGAUGAGGCUCCCGUCUUCUCCCAGCCUGUUUACAGAACCUUCCUUUCGGAAGAUGCUGGUCCCAGCACCUUAGUGGCUACUGUUCGGGCAGAGGACCCUGAUGGAGAUGGGCUGCUGUAUCUGAUUACAGGAGGCAAUGAGGAGGGCAACUUUGAACUGGAUAGCCAAAAAGGUAUCAUUAAGCUCCGCAGAAACCCACCACCCAACCUGAAAGGGCCACAAUACACCCUGAACAUCACUGCGAUAGAUGACAACGCCUCGGGGGGACCCACCCCUCUUAGCAGUUUUGCUGAGGUUAUUGUAGGAGUUAACGACAUUAAUAACAACAAGCCUGUCUUCAGAGAGUGCGCUUACUACAGUGACAGCACCUGGGUUUUGGAGAAUCAGCCUCCAGGCACAUAUGUGCUACAGGUAGAAGCCUAUGAUGCAGACCUUGGCGUCAAUGGAGAGGUGAAGUAUGGGCUAAUGCACCGAGACGGAGCUUCACUAGGCUUCAGCAUUGACCCAGACACAGGAGUCAUCAGAACCACUCAGAGUUUUGACCGGGAGAAGCAGAGGGAGUAUAUGCUGUCUGUAACUGCUACUGACCAGGCACAGGAGCCGCUGAUCGGUGUGUGUCAGAUCACCGUCCUCAUCACUGACAUCAACGACAACGACCCUAAGUUUGAGAACAGUCGCUAUCAGUACUUCCUUAGCGAAGACACUCCAGUGGGGAUGAGUUUCCUCCGUGUUGCAGCUCAUGACAGUGACCAGGGUGUGAAUGCUGCUGUCACAUACUCAAUGUUAGAGCAUCAAGUGGAAUACUUCCAGAUCAACCCCAGCACAGGUUGGGUGUACGUGAACUGCCCACUACCCCAGACAACUCUCAUUAGCCGCUAUAUUGUAGCGACAGAUGGCGGGAACAGGAGCAGCACCGUGGAGCUGACGGUCACUGUCACUAAUGCACUCAGCCAGCCACCACGGUGGGAGCAGAACAGAUACUGGGUAACCAUCCCUGAAAACACCAUUCGUGACACCAAGAUAGUGACCAUCAAAGCCACAUCCCCUCUUGAUGAUCCCAGGGUUACGUAUAAUCUGGAGGAGGGUCAAGUUCCAGAGACUAACAUGCCAGUUCGUUUCUAUCUGAAGCCAAACAGAGCUGAUGGAUCUGCUUCUCUUCUAGUCGCUGAACCACUUGACUUUGAGACAACUAAGUUUUUCACCCUGACAGUCCGGGCACAAAAUGUAGCAAUGACUCCUUUAGCUUCCUUUGCCACUGUUUGUGUGAACAUAACAGAUGUCAAUGAUAACGUUCCAUUCUUCAUGUCUUCUAACUAUGAGGUGUCUGUUCCAGAAGGAGCUGAUGUUGGCACAUCAGUGGUUCAGGUGUUAGCCACGGACUUGGAUUCUGGCCUACAUGGAGAGGUUCACUACUUAAUAUUGAAAGAUUCUAAUGAGGAUUACCAGUUCUUCACCAUAGAACCUGAGACAGGAAUUAUUUCUACCCGUGCAUCUUUUGACAGAGAGAAAAGAGCCUCUUACUUGAUUGAAGUUCAGUCUCAAGACUCUUCAGAAUCUGCUAGACCUGGUGUUCAUGGGCAGCCCAACACAGACACAGCCUACGUAAGGAUUUUUGUCAGUGAUGUGAAUGACAACGCUCCGGCAUUUCCUCGAUCAGUGUAUGAGGUCAGCGUAGAUGAGGACAGGGAUGUUGGAAGUCCUGUUGUGACAGCAAUAGCAGAUGAUGAAGAUGAGGGUGCAAAUGCCAAACUAAGGUAUCAGAUCACAUCAGGAAAUCUGAAAGGAGUUUUUGAUGUGGAACCUGAGAUUGGAACUGUCUUCAUUGCUCAGCCUCUGGAUUAUGAACAAGAACAACAUUAUGAGCUCAGGCUUGUAGCUUCUGAUGGAAAAUGGGAAAACCACACUCUUAUCAUCAUCAAUGUUGUCAAUAAGAAUGACGAAGCACCAGUCUUCACUCAGAAUGAGUACCAGGGUGGUGUCUUGGAGGAGCUCACAGAUCUGCCUGUACUUGUCCUAAAGGUUUCUGCAACAGACUCCGACCAAGCAGCAGAUCAAAAUGCCAUUAACUAUUCCUUGCAUGGGCAGGGGGCCAGUAGUGAAUUCAGCAUCAAUGAGAACACAGGGGAGAUCAGCGCAAAUAAAAGGUUAGACCGUGAGAAGAGAUCAACGUGGCGCUUUCUUGUUCUUGCAACAGAUGAGAGUGGAGAAGGACUGACUGGCUUUGCAGAUGUGAUCAUAGAAGUGAGGGACGUGAACGACAAUGCACCCCUUUUCCUCUGUGUGUUGGAUGGCUGUUUCACAGGCCACGUCCCUGAGGAUGCACCGGCUGACAGUCCUGUCAUGGAAAUGACAGCAGUGGAUCUCGAUGACCCAAAGGCUGGUAUGAAUGCUGUGCUAACAUACAGUAUCAUUCAGAACGUCAAAAAUGAAAUUAAUCUGGACUUGUUCUCAAUUGACUCAGUCAGUGGCACGAUCUGUACUGUGCUUGGGUCCCUGAACCGGGAGAAGGAAGACAAGUACCUUAUAGUGGUUGAGGCCAGAGAUGGAGGAGGGCUCACUGGGACAGGUACUGCCACUAUUUUGGUGACUGAUGUAAAUGAUCAUGCUCCAGUCUUCCUGCAAAGGAUUUACACAGCCUUUGUCUCUGAGAAUGCGAGUAUUAACACUGAAGUGGCGGUGGUGUCUGCUGUGGACAGAGACGAAGGAGAAAAUGCCAUGGUGACAUUCAGCAUCCUUGAUGGGGACAAUGACCACAAGUUCUCCAUUGAGACAGAUGAAGUCAACAACUGUGGGUUUAUCCGGCUGCGAAAACAGGUUGACUUUGAGAAGCCUCAUGAGAGGGUAUUCAAUUUGACUGUGAAAGCAGAGGACAUGAAUUUCUUCAGCAUUGCUUACUGCGUGAUCUAUGUGGAGGAUUCAAAUGACCAUGCUCCUGUCUUCUACCCCCAGUUCUAUGAAGUGGCUGCACUGGGGGAAGACGUGCCGGUUGGCACCAAAGUUGUUCAGGUUUCUGCUGUUGACUUGGAUUCUGGCCUGAACGGAAGGUUUUCUUUCCACCUGCUACACAAGUCUGACCCAGGUGGCCAAUUCUCUUUGGCUAAUGAUGGGUGGCUGAUGGUUGCAGGGCUUCUGGAUCAUGAGACGGUGACACAGUACCAACUCAUUGUCAUUGCCACUGAUAUGGGGCAGCCCCCUCUGACUGGCAGUGCCACUGUUUUAGUGACUCUGCAGGAUGUAAAUGACAAUGGGCCAGAGUUUGAGGCUCAUUAUAACCCAGUGGUCUGGGAAAACACAGCUUCUCCACAGGUUGUCCAAAUGAACGAGACCUCCACGCUGCUGUAUGCAAAGGACCGAGACACUGCUGCGAACGGAGCACCUUUCUCCUUUCGCCUUCUUGGCGAUUUCGAGAGUCUGACUAACUUCAACUUGCAGGACUUCCACAAUGGAAGUGCACUGCUCACUGCACUGCAUACCUUUGACAGGGAAGUGCACAAGGCAUUUUACCUGCCCAUCCUGAUCACAGACAGCGGGAUCCCACCAAUGAGCUCCACCAACACACUGACUGUGAAUAUUGGGGACCAAAAUGACCACCCGCACUCUGCUGGCCACAUGGAAUGUCUCAUUUACAGCUAUGAUGGUAUUCUCCCCACAACUGUACUGGGCCAGGUCCGUGCCCCUGACGCUGAUGACUGGGAUCACAAAAUCUACCAAUUUGAAGGGAAAACAUCAAGGUACUUUAUCCUUAAUGAUAACUCAGGUUUGCUGACUAUUAAAGAAGGAACCCCACCAGGAACAUACAACAUAAGAGUUAGAGUCAUUGAUGGCGUCUGGCCAGAUGUUAUCUCAACUGUAAAGGUUAUAGUGAAGGAAAUCAAAGAUGAUGCCCUCCAUAAUGCUGGUUCCGUACGAAUAAAAGGUAUCACACCAGAGGAGUUCAUAUCCCAAUCCCCUGAAAAACAGAGUAAAUACUACCAGAUGAGGAAGCUGCUUUCAGAAAUUAUAUCAGUCCAAUUGGAAAAUGUUCACAUUUUCAGUGUAUUAAAUAGUCCAAGUCCAACCCCAGGGAUUGAUGUUUGGUUUGCUGUUUAUGGUCCUCCUUAUUAUAAAGCAGAAAAACUCAAUGGCAAUGUAGCAGCCUCCAGAACAUGGCUGGAAAGCAUCUUGGAUAUAAAUAUCACCCAGAUUGGCAUUGAUGAAUGUGUGACUGCAAACUGUACUCACAGCAGCGGAUGCAGCAGUAAGCAUGAACAGAAACAUGUACCAACCGUAACCACAACUGCAAGUGUUUCACUGGUGUCUGUGACAGUCCUGAGUCAUGCUGUGUGUGGCUGUGCAGCUCGGGAGAGUCCUCAUCUUUCCUGCUCCACAUACCAGACAAACCCUUGUCUCAACGGUGGCACAUGCAUGGACACUGAUUUGGGCUACAGAUGCAAAUGUGCUGCAAAUUUUCAUGGACCAGACUGCCAGCAGACAAAACACAGCUUCAGAGGCCAUGGUUAUGCCUGGUUCCCUCCUCUUCAGCCUUGCUUUGAGAGCCGCAUCUCCUUAGAGUUUAUCACUGAUGUCGCCGAAGGCCUUCUGUUGUACCAUGGACCAGUGGCACGAGGGCAGCCUGAAGAACAGGAAUACUUCCUUGCUUUAGAGCUCUCCGGUGGUGUCCCGUCGCUGACCCUGAGCCACAGCUCUGGUGAGCUUUUCCUGCAGCUCUCACAAAAAGUUAAUGUUGCAGAUCGCCGCUGGCACAAUAUUAAAAUUAUAAAUGAUGGAAAGGAAGUGAAGAUGAUUCUUGACCACUGUGUAAAUGUCUCAGUUAGAGACAAUGACAUUGUCAUUAAGAACUCCCAAAUGGAUCUGUCUGCCUGUGAAGCCUCUGGAGAGAUUGUGGGAUCUGAAAGGCUCUUCAGUGGCCAUCAGCCCCUGCAACUGGGUGGAGUUAAGAAGACUUUGCCUUACCCUGAUUCACAAAGGCACUUCAGAGGAUUUGUUGGCUGCAUACGCAAUGUCAUUGUUGAUAGUAAGGUCUAUGAUUUAGAGCACCCUGCAGAGUCCCUGAACAGCGUUCCCGGCUGUGUCCUUACAGAUGAAGUGUGUCAGAGUGGUGGGAUGGCCUCCUGUGGCACCCACGGCAAGUGUGUUGGUGGUUGGGAUUUCUUUCACUGUGACUGUUCCUCAGGAUAUGCUGGACCAGCAUGUGAAAAAGUUCUUCCAGAGUGGGCUUUUGGAAGGGACAGCUGGAUCCAUUAUGAGCCAAGAAGCAUCCUCAGCAGUCGUAGCACUAGGAUCCAGCUGAUGGUGCGCACCCGUAUCUCCCACAGCACCCUUCUGAGCUUGGCCUCUGCAGAUGGGAACGGAUACAUCCGACUGGAGGUGGUUGAGGGUUUCUUUAGCAUUAACUUCAGUUUGGGGGACAAAAAUCACUCUCUGAGACUGAAGACAUUACACAUAAACAAUGGCCAGUGGGUUCUUCUGACCAUGGAGCGCUACAACAAUGAAUUUACCCUGCGUGUUAACAGUGGUGGAGGUGAUCAUGAAAUCACCUCUGUCUUGGGUACGAAUAGAUGGUUUGAAAUGGAUUGGGCAAGCAUCGUGCUAGGAAACCGCCUUCCUAGUCAUUCAGAGAGCGAUUUCCAAGGUUGUAUGCGUGAUGUCCAGCUGAAUGGUCAGCCACUCCUCGUGGAAGGCAGAAGCACAGAGUUUGGCUUAAUUCUGAGGCGGCAAGGAGUCACCAUGGGAUGUCAUUCCAGUGCCUGCAGCAGCCAGCCCUGUUACAGCCCCUUCCUUUGUGUAGACCUGUGGAGAAAAUAUGAAUGCCGGUGCCCAGCUGGGAAAGUGGAAGUGACUGACACCCUUACAGGGCUCAGACACUGUACCUCAUCCACUUGUGGACGCUGGACCUGUAGGAAUGGGGGUACUUGUGUGGCUCAAUCCCAAGACAAGCCUAUCUGCCAGUGCCCCGAAGGUUACAAGGGAAGAUGGUGUGAAAUUAGCCAGGUGAAGGCUGCAAGACCAGUUGGACUCAGCUCUGGCUCUAUUCUGGCAAUCAGCAUGUGCCUCCUUGUCUUCCUAGCACUCUUGGUUUCCUACACAGUGUGGAGUCAGUGGGGAAGUUCAGGGUUUCGGAAAGGAGGAAUUUACCACAUUCCUGAAGAGCGUGAAAGCUGGGAGGAUGUUAGAGAAAAUGUCUUAAAUUAUAAUGAAGAAGGAGGUGGAGAACAUGACCAGAAUGCUUAUGAUAUAGAUAAACUGAAGAAACCUCUCCAUAAAAUUCCCCACUUCUCCUUGCGGGCAGCUGCUCCACACUCCAGGACACGAACUGGCCCAAAAAGAGACUCAUUUCCAAAACAUGCACAUCAAAAACAAUCAACAUCAUCUGCUACCAGCAUCCUGGACUUAAAGGAAUAUGUUUCUCAAAUCAUCCGGGAUGCAGACAGUGAUCUAAAGAGUCUUCCAGCUGACACUAUUCAUUUUUACUGCUUAGAAGGGCAAUGCUCUCUAGCAGGGAGCCUUAGUUCCUUAGAUUCCAUUAGUGGUGAUGAAGAUCUAAAUUAUGAUUGCCUCCAAGAGUGGGGGUCAAAGUUCGACAUGCUUAAAGAACUCUAUAACGUCUCAAAUGAAAAUUUGUAACCAGAGUUAAAGGAACUUGACACAUUGUCAUGAUGUAUGGACACUACUUUUAAAAAUGUCCUUUUUUAUAUAUAAGUUACAUCAAGUAACUUAUGUGAUACAAGUUUUUAGUUACAGUAGUAUGAUAUACUCACUUUUCCUAGGAGUGAUAAUCUGAGUGAUCUUUUUAUACACACUGUACAGUUAUUUAAUGAUAGAAGUGCAAAGACUUUUAAAGCAUGAAUUUUCUUGAAAACUUUGGAAUGUAGGAUUUCUAUAGAAUAGCAUUAUAAUAUCCUUUUUUAUUUGUGUAGACCACAUGACUCACUGGAAUUAUCAUGAAUGCAAGAACUUGAAUUAUUUUCUCCCUAGCAUUAAUAUGAAUUCCAUUGUGUGGGUAACAAUGGGCAGGGCAUUCUUGUUUUUUAAAUUGAAUUCAUUUUAGACUGUGAAAUAAUUAUUAAAAAUGUUAAAUAUAAAGUAUUUUGAA